AUGGCUGCUCCGGAUACCAGCUUUGAAGGUGGUGUGUCAGACCAAAAAUCUACUGAUGAUUUUUGCGCUUUGCUGCAUACUGACAAACGGGUCUCGGAGGCUGAGAAUUGCUUACCUCCCGAAAUGGAACUUGGCAACAUAGAAUACAAGGUGAAACUUGUUAACCCAUCGUCGUCACGUCUGCAGCACUUGAUAACACAAAUGAAAUGGCGGCUCAGAGAAGGACAAGGCGAAGCAGUUUAUGAGGUUGGUGUUGAGGAUGGUGGAAAAAUGAGCGGGCUAUCGGACGUAGAAAUGGAAGCAUCGCUUAUUACUCUAAAAGCUAUGGCAAAUGCUCUCGAUGCUAGCAUGGUUAUCCUAACAGAGAAGGAUGUGACUCCUCGAGGCUGCUGUUCACGUCGCAGAGUGGUCGAAGUUCUUGUACGUAAAGUCCCGGAGAGUCAGCAGUUCAUCGAAUUGAGGUUGGCUGUACUCGGUGGCGCAGAUGUCGGGAAAUCUACCUUCUGUGGUGUGAUGACUCAAGGUUGUCUCGAUGACGGCAAUGGGAAAACGAGGCUCAAUCUUUUCAGGUUUCCACACGAAGUUCGCAGUGGAAAAACUAGCUCGGUAUGUCUGGAUGUAAUCGGGUUCGACUCACGGGGAAAGCUUGUUAAUUAUGCCCAAAAUAGCCUUGAAGAGCUAGUGGAGCGGUCUAAAAAAAUAGUUACGUUAAUCGAUCUGGCUGGAGAUUCAAAGUAUUUGAAAACCACUAUACAUGGAUUGUCCGGCUACAAGCCUCACUUCGCUUGCCUGUUAGUGUCUGCUGAAACAGGGCCGACUGCUACCACAAAAGAACAUCUUGGCCUUGCUGCUGCUCUCAACAUUCCCAUUUUCGUAAUUAUAACGAAAUGGGAUCUCGUAGAGAAAGAGCAAUUGGACAGAGUAAUCAAGUCCGUGACAUCGUUACUUUCGCGUGCUGGUAUGGUGGCUUGCACAAAGCGAGUUAAACGGAAAAGAGAUGCUGUGAAGGCUGCUUCAAAUCUAUGCUCUUUUGGUAAAGUACCAAUUUUCUGCAUCUCAUGUGUUAGUGGUGCUGGCCUCGGACUUAUUCGUUGUUUCCUCAAUGUGCUACCCCCAACGGGUUCUACAGGAUCUCGUCUUCAGUUGGUCUCGCAACCACCUCUCUUCACCAUCGAAGAGAUGUUCAACGUUCCACAUGUUGGAACCGUUGUUGGAGGUAUGCUCUCUUCUGGGCGCCUCCAGGAAGGUGAUGCCGUUCUUGUUGGGCCGUAUAAGGAUGGAAGUUUCGAAAGGGCUUUCAUUGGUUCGAUCAGACGAAGUCGCCAGCCUGUUCAAGCGGUAUUGCCUGGUGAAGCUGUCAGCAUUGCUUUGAAUCGACGUUCCAAAACUUCGCAGCCAUUGAGAAGGGGGAUGGUGUUGAUUUCUGCAUCAGCUGAGCCUUCCUGCUGCCGUCGUUUCACAGCUUCGUUAUUCCUGUUAUCGCAUUCUACGCGUCAUCUUUGCAUUGGUUUCCAAGCUACAGUCUAUAUUGGAUCAGUUCGUCAGACAGCUGCAAUAGUAGACAUUGACGGACCUUCUUUGGAACAAGGAAAGUGGGCGACUGUCAUGUUCCAGCUCAUGAGUGGUCCAGAAUAUAUACGUGCUGGCACACCAUUAAUAUUCCGCCAAGGAAAAACAAAAGGAAUGGGCGAAGUUAUGGAUGUUAUUGAAGACUAA